GCUGCGGAGGCGACGAGGUUCACUUUGGUCCCGGCGAGGGCUCUGGCCGCGACCCUCUGCUCGCCAUUGGGGCUCGUGCCUAGGAGGAGAAGGCGGAAGUGGCCGUCGCAUCCCGAGUCACCGCGGCCGGGACAGUCCUGGCCGGGGGGUCGGUGCGUGCCCCGACGGGGCGCGCGGAGCUGGUGAAGAGGCACUGAGCCGCCGCGGAGCGCAGGUUGCUUUCCUGUUGCUUCUUUGAUAUCAUUUCCUAGACCCUGCUCCAUGAUUUAAUUCAAAAUUCUGAAAUGAAGAUGGAGGAGGCAGUGGGAAAAGUCGAAGAACUCAUUGAGUCCGAAGUCCCACCAAAAACAUCUGAACAAGAGACAGCCAAGGAGGAAGAUGGCUCUGUAGAACUGGAAUCUCAAGUUCAGAAAGAUGGUGUAGCAGAUUCUACAGUUCUUUCUUCAAUGCCCUGCUUGUUGAUGGAACUGAGAAGGGACUCUUCUGAGUCUCAGUUAGCAUCCACAGAGAGUGACAAGCCGACAACUGGCCGAGUUUAUGAGAGUGACUCCUCUAAUCACUGCAUGCUUUCCCCUUCCUCUAGUGGUCACCUGGCUGAUUCAGAUACGUUGUCUUCUGCAGAAGAGAACGAACCCUCUCAGGCAGAAACCGCUGUAGAAGGAGACCCUUCAGGAGUGUCUGGUGCCACAGUUGGGCGUAAGUCUAGGCGUUCCCGGUCUGAAAGUGAAACGUCCACUAUGGCUGCCAAGAAAAACCGGCAAUCCAGUGAUAAACAGAACGGCCGAGUUGCCAAGGUUAAAGGUCAUCGGAGCCAAAAGCACAAGGAGAGGAUCAGACUACUGAGGCAGAAACGGGAGGCUGCUGCAAGGAAGAAAUACAACCUGCUGCAGGACAGUAGUACCAGUGAUAGUGACCUGACUUGUGACUCAAGCACGAGCUCAUCAGAUGAUGAUGAAGAGGUUUCAGGGAGCAGCAAGACAAUCACUGCAGAGAUACCAGGUCAUUUGGAUCCAGGAUUCCUGGCAAGUGACAAAACAUCUGCCGGCAAUGCACCACUCAAUGAAGAAAUUAAUAUCGCCUCUUCAGACAGCGAAGUAGAGAUUGUGGGAGUUCAGGAACAUGCAAGGUGUGUUCAUCCUCGAGGAGGUGUGAUUCAGAGUGUUUCUUCGUGGAAGCAUGGUCCAGGCACGCAGUAUGUUAGCACCCGGCAGACACAGUCAUGGACUGCUGUGACUCCCCAGCAGACUUGGGCUUCACCAGCAGAAGUUGUUGACCUUACCUUGGAUGAGGAUAGCAGACGUAAAUACCUACUGUAAUACAAUGUCACUGUGUUUCCUCUGCACUGUUCCCUUCUACUUCCUCCUCCUAUUUGUGACACGGAAGUUCAUUGUCAUAGCUUCAGCUUCAGAAGCUGUUUGUGGCAUUUGUAGAAUUGAAACUCAUGGAAAAUCCCACCCCCCCCCCUUUAAUUAAAAGAAGUCAUUUAGGAAGAUAA